CGCGAGGAGGGGCGGUGUUUCCUGCAGCCCGCGUGGUCAUCAUGCAGCGCGCGCUCUGCUGAACUGCAGUGUAGUAUCGCGUCGUCGCUGAGAAACAGAGACGCGCUGAGUUCCUCUUGCUAAUUACAACUUCUCCCGCAUCCUGACAAGGAAAAUACCAGGAGCUUGUGCAGCGACAUGUCCUUAAAGACUCACUAAAUCCUACUGAGACGUCAAACCAAACCGUUUUUCUUGUUGUUGUUUGGUACACGCGCAGAAAAAGAUGUGAGCGCGCCCUCGAGACGGAAAAGCUACAUUUUUUUUGUAUUGUGACAGGCGAGUAAAGCUAGCGACCGCCUUCUUGUGCUUCACACAUCUUCCAGUGCCACGAAGACUGUAUCCCGUUAACGGACUUCUCUGAAGUGAUUAUUUGCACCUUCUGUUCUCUGCACUAGUUUAUACUCAGACUGGGAACAUGUUGAUGAAAGAGUACCGGAUAUGUAUGCCUCUGACUGUUGAAGAGUACAAGAUUGGGCAGCUGUAUAUGAUCAGUAAGCACAGCAACGAGCAGAGUGAGCGAGGAGAGGGAGUGGAGGUGGUGCAGAAUGAGCCCUACGAUGACCCCACGCACGGCCGCGGCCAAUUCACCGAGAAACGUGUCUACCUCAACAGCAAACUGCCCACUUGGGCAAGAGCAGUGGUGCCCAGAAUCUUCUACGUGACUGAGAAGGCCUGGAACUAUUAUCCUUACACCGUCACAGAGUACACAUGUUCAUUUUUGCCAAAGUUCUCCAUCCACAUAGAAACAAAGUAUGAAGACAACAAAGGAUGCAAUGACAAUAUCUUUGAAAAUGAGCUGAAGGAGCAGGAGCGAGAAGUGUGUUUCGUAGAUAUUGCUUACGAUGAGAUUCCAGAGCGCUACUACAAGGAGUCGGAGGAUCUGCGCCAUUUUAAAUCGGAGAAGACCUCUCGCGGCAUGCUGCAGGAAGGCUGGCGGGACACACAGAAUCCCAUCAUGUGCUCCUACAAGCUCGUCACCGUAAAGUUCGAGGUGUGGGGCCUCCAGACACGCGUGGAGCAGUACGUACACAAGGUAGUGCGGGACGUGCUGUUGCUGGGCCAUAGACAGGCCUUUGCUUGGGUGGAUGAGUGGAUCGACAUGACCAUGGAUGAGGUGAGAGAGUUUGAGCGUAGGACCCAGGAGGCCACCAACCAGAAGACCGGCAUGUUCCCUUCGUCCGUUUCCGUUGGUGAGGCACCGCUCUCAUCUCUAGCUCCCAGCAACCCGGCCAGUGCUCCAUCCACCCCGGUCUACACCGACGCCCCAGAGUUCCUCUCCGUUCCCAAAGAGCGCGCUCGCAAGAAAUCCGCCCCUGAAACGCUCACUCUGCCUGAGCCCGGCCCGUCGGUGCCUGAUGCAACCCCUAACCGCGCCUCUCCCAGCCCUGCGUCCGACCAGACGGAGUGAUCGGGUCUGUGCCACGCCUCCUUGUGACUUCUUCCUUCAAUCAGGAUUUUGUAAAUACAAUUCACUUACUUGGUUCCUUCCACUUGUUCCUUCAAGUUGCAAAUUUCUACAAGACUCCAGUCUGUAAAUGGGCUUCCUCUCUUCAAGCUAGCCUCUGACUCAACACUUUAUAUUUUCUCAUAUUUGGAAACAUCAGAAAUAUUAAAUAACUUGCAUUCAGUUAUUGUGAUUUUUUUUUUUUGUGUGUGUUUAAAAAAAAAAAAAAAAAAAAAAGGAUCCUAACGGCUACUUAUGAAGGCUUGUUGUAAAAAAAAAAAACUUCUUUUCUCCCAUCAUAUCAUCAUGAAAUAAUUUAAUAUUAGUUGACUACCCGUUGUGGCUUAAAUAUGGCUGCCUUAGCAACCACAAAGCAGGUAUCCCUGAUUAGGAUCAUGAAUUAACACGAAGUGUCAUCUUAAAUAAGUUUGUAGUUUUUGGAGUUAUUUUCCACCUAUAAUGUGAAGAUUGACAUUUCUUCCUUUUUCUUCCUCCUGGCUCCACCCAUCUGUUAAAAAUGUCAGUCAUUAUAACAGAGCCCGGGUAGGGGCCCCGCAGGGGGGAGAAAUGUCAACGGAAACCUUAAAAAAAAAAAAAAAAAAAAAAAAAAAAAAAAAAAUUGUAAGAUCUAUUUUAUGUCAAUAUUGUAAAGGUGUUUUUUUUUUUUUUGUUGGUGGUUUUUUUUUUAUUAUUCAGUGAUUUAUAGGUAUAGAAAAUUAAAAUUACAAACUGCAUCGUUAAACAAUGGCAUCUCACAACAUCGUGGAAGAUAAAUAACUCAAAGAUGCAUUUUUUUUUUUUCAUUACAAGUUCAGCAACUUUUAUUUUCAAACUUCUAAAACGUAGGUUUUUUUAGUUUUAAAAGAAGAAAAAAUCCCAGAUUUUCAGUAUGAUCUCAGACAUUUAGACUCCACUAUUGAUUUGGUUUUUUUUUCCUGUUUAAAUUCUUUUUACGCACUACUCACUUCCAUUUUGUCCAUAUUCACACGCAUGCAAAUCCUCCUAAUCAAAAUGCUUCUCAGGUCUUCAUUGGUGCCAGCCUUUCCAAAGCCACGGCAGGAAAUAUACAACGUCCUCUCAGAUAUUCCAAUAACACAGCCAUCCAGGAUUCCAGGGUUUGUCCUUACAAGCCAGAUUUGUCUUAAUGGAUGUCGUAGAUCUGCUUAAUAGAAGUUCUGUGCAGCCAGUGCAACAAAAUAACCUGAGGUUUUAGUCCAAAAAGUGUGGAAGCAGCUUGUAUGACAAUCUGACCAUCAACCACGAGAGGGGUGACGGACGCUCAUGGAGCAUGGGGUAGACAAUCUAGCGGGGCGUAAUGUUAUAAUCAAUACAAAAAAAUGUUAGUUAAUGUAGAUUUUCUGGAUUUUGCUGUUUGUUUUCCUUUUGUUAUAUCAAUCAAAAGUAGGACAUAAUAUUAUUGAAGCGAGCGUAUCGGUGUUGCAGAACGUUCGCACGUUUGAAUGAAGUCGAUAUGUCUAACCGUUCCUGGUGUCCUUGGAUACCUGAUGGUUUUGCCUCCAGCUUUUAGCGUAAUACCAGUGAACAUGGAAAUACCUUCAGAAAACAAUGCCGUGUUUUUUUUUUUUGUUUGUUUUUGUUUUGUGAUCCGUUUCUGUGCCGAGUUUCUGCACGUUCUUGGUUAGAGGCAAUGAAAGUCAAGAGAAACAAAAAUGUGACCCAAGGACAUGGUUGGACAUGGUUGUACCUGGCUGUACUCAUAAAUUUUUUUUAAACCGCUUUCUGAUCUAGCUGCUGCUUUCCCUUAAAUUGUAGACGGGGUUUAUUAAAAGCUGCAUGGACUGUUCACAGGCUCUGUAAAGUCCUGUGUAUAUGCAUUUAAGAGGCAGGGACUGCUGAUUGUGUUCAGCUCAAUGUUGAGAUAUAGACGAACGUGCACUGAGCAUGCUCCGAACGAAACAGCAGCUCCGACAGUGCCUCUGCAUGUACGUGUAAAUACAAUCUAUAGAUCUCUAUUACAGAUACAGAUGUCUUUACCAUGUUUAAACAUUCUUGAAAAUAUUGUCCUUUUCGUUUAUCUCGAUUUCUUUACUGACUGGGAGGAAGUGUGAAGCACCUCGAAUUAUAUUUUACCGCUUGCACCCAGAGCCGAUUUUGACACAAGAAGAAAAUACUUGACUAUGCUGCUAAUCUCUAAUACCGUCCUAAACUAUCUGAUCUAGGGAGUAGUCUUUAGUUUUGAAGUUCAGUUUAAAUGUUUGGGGGAGGGGGGGGGUUGUAAUAGGCUACAGAGGUGAAUUUUCACACAUUAAAUUUUUGUAUUAGGCAUGUGCUGAUAUAAAAUUUUUACAUCAUGGUAAUUGAAACUCAUCACGGUUUACGAUAUUAUCAGUGUUUGUAUUGAAAUGACCACAGUUAGUAAGGACACCGUCGUCAACAAAAAGUUCCCAUACAGCAGGGUUGUCUUAAAAACCUGAAACUGUUUUGGACAUUGAGGGUGACACCCUUUUCUUCUUUUUUCUAGGUCUUUGCAUGAGCACCCUAGUGUGCACAUAUUUCUGAUUUGCAACAUAUCUAUAAUGUACAUUUAUAUGUACACUGCAUGCCUGUCCUUUUUACCGUAGCCUACGUUUGCAGAAGUUGAUUCGACUUAAUUCCGAUUUUAGUACGUUACUGUUACAUUUUCUAGACACUCGAAGCGCUUUACAUAGUAUGAGGGCGGAGGAAAUCUCCUCAACCACCACUAGUGUGUAGCAUCCACCUGGAUGAUGCGACGGCAGCCAUAGUGUGCCAGAACCACCACCACACGCCAGUUGUUAUAUGCUUUAAAUCGAGAUCUUGGUGGCCCCGACAGCUUUUAAACCUCAUAAAAUCCACCAUCCGCAACCUCAUUCCAAAGCUUGCCCGGUUUGGCGUAAUUAAUGUGACGCUGGCAACCCUGCUGUAUGUACGUUUUAGUUCACCAAGCCACAAGAACAUUUAUCGUACCCUUGCAAGUACACCAGUGGUCAUUAAGGUCAAAUGAUGAGCCCUCAAGGUGUACAGUUUUGUCUUCCCUUAAAGGGUUAAAGGUACAGUCGGUGAUUUUUGAACCGAACUGUUUUUGAAAACUAAAUUCAAACUAAUUAGAUUUUAAUGUGUAAACUUGUCAAAACAAUUUGCGGUCCCGCUUGUAGUGUUCUUCCUAAAAUCACAAUCUAAAACCAAACAUUCGAGCUUCUGAAUGCACUACGAUUGUAAACUAUGGGGAAACGAAACAACUGACAUGGAGCUAGGGGGAGAAUCUACUCGGCACUUAUUUUUUUUUAACCACGUGGUCUGAUCUCAAAAUCACUGUCUGCACCUUUGUGUUUUCUCGUCAUCUUUUCAGAACCGUUUUAGGGGCAUGAUCUUGUAGGUAAGAGAUUGUUAAAUGGCUCGAGUCAUGUCUAUUAAAAGAGAAGGGACUAUUUUCUUAACCUACUGUCCAAAAUAAGAAACCAUAGAGGACACCUUCCCUUCUACUGCCUUCUAAAUCGCAGACUUCGUCAUAAAUGCUGCCUAGCUGUGUUGCUACAUAGAAUUAUAUUUUAAUGUGUUCAUAGCAAUAUUGUGCUGUCUUUUUUUUUAAAUUAUUAUUUAUUUAAUAUACCAGUGGUUAUGUAUUAUAGUUCUAGUGUGAAGCCUAAUGAAUAACAUUAGCAGCAGUUUAAGUAAAACAAGGACGAGCGAUGUUUAUGAUACAGAACGUUGCUGGUUUGAGUUCUCUGCAUGGAUACAGUGAUUGAUUUUAAAAAGAAUUUUGCACUCCAACACAUCCUUCGCACAAUAUUAAUAAAUCCCCGAUGUUAAUAGAUUAACGGUGCGUGGUAGUUUUGCCGCAGCAAACCGGACGAGCGAACACCUGGCCCGUUUUCUGGUCAAGUUCUUGCUGAAAUUGUUGCCACGGCUUUAACCGCGCGUUUACCAGAACGACCCGUGGUGAGAUCAUCACUAUGCUCGUUGCACGCGCUUUAGUAGGCAGCAGUUGCGCCAAAAAGUAUCGAGGUCAUAAAGUCUAAGAUUCAAAAGGCAGUAAAGGAAUCCAAUAAUUCUGUUGAGCAGACUAGACGAGAUCGUGAUGACGUCGUAAUCGUCGUCGUGCACACGUUUUCGCUCGGCACGUGUCCGUUCCGAUAUUCUCGGCUUCGCAGCGGUUUCCAUUCGGCGCUUUCAGAACGUUUUCCUGUGUAUUUGCAUCUGUUAAAUACGUAGUUAAACCUCAGCAGAGCACGAUGUACUUUUGCACCACGACGCCGGGAAACGGUUUCUAUCCAAACCCGACAUUGUGCUUCUGCUUGAAGUAGAUUUGUAAAUAUUAUUUUGUACAGUUUCAGACUUUUUUUUUUUUUUUUUAAAGAUUUGCCAUGUGGACAUGAAGUGAACCGUUUGGAAUAUAGAUAUUUUUGUUUUUGCUUGUCAAUGGAACAUUUAUGUUGAACUUUUCUUGCUUGAAUAGUUGUAACUGCGAACGCUGCUCUGCGCGAAUGCCUGGAUGGUCAACAAAAAUAAGCCAGAUGAAAUGAACCUUGCUUCAAGUUGCAAAAUUUCAUGCUUAGAGAGGUAGCGUAACAUAGAAGAAAAACGUUUAAAAAAAAAAAAUAGUAGACUAUUUGUUUUUGGGGGUUUUUUUUGUUUGUUUUUUUGGAUUUUUAUUUUUGUACGUUUUGAUAAGUAUUGAUUUUGUCUUGAUGUUUUGCGGUUUGCUCUUUACUUCCUCUGUGGCCUGUUCUCUCAGUAGCAGUGAGGUGAUUUAGUUGUCAGUCGAAUCAGCCCUGCUAUAGAUCUCUAACAGUUAAAGGCAUUAGUACUUAAUGAAAGUUUACAUCUAAUUGUAAUGAAAUUACUUGAUGAUUAGAGGGAUCACAAUACCUGAAGUCUUAACUGUCACAUUACCCACGUGUUCACGUUGCCCCAAAAUUAUGAGGUGCAUAUGGAUUUCCAUAUAACGUUUAUAAUUCUGAUUUUUUUUUUAAUUAAAAUUUGGUUUAUGAUCUCACAAGAUUUCACAAUAUUUACAAAAAAAGUUUACCUGUGUCACUGAGCAACGUUUAUCAGAAUGAGGGGAUUUGCCUUUUGAUUUAAAAAAAUAAAAAGACGUUGCGUGAUCAGUGAUCGACGUGCACUCAAACUACAGAGUCAGUGAUGUAGCUGCUUUGAGCAGACAUUUAAUGUUUGUUUUUAAAAAGGAAAAAAAAAAGUAAAUGGGACCCUCGGAUGUGUAGCACAUGUCGAUUAAUCAUAGUAAAACGAUACAAGAUGUUGACUCUAAUUUCAGAGAUGGGUCAUCUGAAACUCCCCUGAGGGCGUCGGCUGAAACUCGACAUGCGUUCCUGUAAAUCCGUCCAAAACAAGAAGUUUGAAUAAACGCUGCUUUCCUGAAGUACACAGAUCCACAUUCAGUUCCGCUCUGCAGCCUCUGUGUGUCGAAACAAAAAAGCAGGGUGAUGAAGUGAUCUUUUUGAAGAUGUCCAUGACUAUACUGGGUGUUAAAUAUUUUGGGAAGUAAUUAUUUGUCCAAAUGACGUGUUUGAAUAAAUAAAUAAAUAAAUAAAUAAAAUACCCUGAACUUUCUGUUCAGACGUUUGCAUUAAAUCUGAAGCCAUGACGUUAGAAAUUUUCAGUUCUGGAUAUUGUCCAGUUUUAGUGUUUUUAUUUUUUUUAAAGUUAGAGUUCUAAAAGUAUUAGUUUUUUUUUUUUUUUCCUUUUCAUUCCUAAAGUCUUGCUUUGUCGUUCAGGCCUAAAUUAAAGGACCAAGCUUUUUCCUUUAAUUUUAUCCGUGAAUUUCUGGUGAUGUCAUGCUGCCUAAUACCGAGGCAGCCUCCUCCCUAAUAAAGUCCUCAUCCACGACCAAGUGCCGUCCUUUUUGGCCUCUUUAGGUUCCUGUAUAUUUUUGUUCUGAUUCGUUGUAAUUAUUGUUUUCCUAAAUCUUGUAGCAAAUAAAAACCGACUUGCUAUGA